CAUUCAGUCACACGGAACAAUUGAAAAUAUUAGUAUCACUUUAGUUAAAUGCAUUGUUUACAAUCGGCUUUAAAGUCGUAAUUUUGGUGACGAAAUGGUUUUAACAUACGAACAAACUGAACGAGCAUGUGGAUUUUUGCUCUUGAACGAAGUCAAUGUAUUUACUUAUUGUUGUAAGAUGUGUGGCUAUGAAUUUGGAUUUGGCACAGAGCUAGAAGAGCACAUCUUAAGAGAGCACCAAAAUGUAAAGAGUUGCAUCGAGAAUGUUUUUGUGCCUGGUGGUAAUUUUGAAUCAAUAUUGGACGACGUAGACCAAAAACUCAUGACAGUCAAUGAAAUUAAGCAAGAAAUCGAUAUGGAGUCGACAAAAUUACAAGAAUCCGAUUUCAGAAACACCGUCCAAUCAUCAGGAUUUUCAAGCGUAUUUGUGAAUGAGGUGAACUAUGAGAUGUAUGAAAAUGAAUUAGUUGAAGUAAAAACCGAUGAUUCAAAAGUCCAAAAGUCCAAAAACCGUAAAAGUCCAAAAGGCCGACCGAUUAAGGUACACAAAAUAACAAACAAAGUGACAAAAACGCCGCAGAUCGAUCCAAAUAAAUAUUAUUGCGAUAUGUGCCCAUUCAAUGAAGUGAAUUUCACUUUAAAGACAGAUCUAAUGAAGCAUAUGAGAGGACACAACACGGCAAAAAAACCAAAGCCAUGUCCGAUUUGCAGUGAAAUGACACAAAAUGUAAUGAAACAUGUAAGGGCCAAGCAUCAAGAACUCAAUGGCAAACCGUACAAAUGUAAUUACUGUGAGAGAAGAUUUCCAACGGAAUACUCACAGAUGAAUCACAUAAGAACGCAUACAGGGGAAAGACCGUUUCUCUGUGCAGAUUGUGGGUCUGCCUUUAAAACUAGCAACGCUUUAAAGGUUCACAUCGAUAAAAUACACAAAAGUGGAAAAAUAAUGCCAUAUUCAUGUACCGAUUGUGAUCUAUCGUUCUUAUUGAGGAAUAAAUUUGAACACCACCGACUCUCCGUACAUUCCGACCCAAGGCCCUAUGUGUGUGAUGUUUGUCAGGACCGAUUUAAAUCCCAAUCAACCUUGCGUAGUCAUAAAUUUAUACAUGGAGAAAGAACAAGCACGUGUAAAUUUUGUCAGAAAAAAUUCAAAACCAACGAUUAUAAAAGAUAUCACGAGAGAAAGGUUCACGGCGACAUUUAUAGAGGUAACGAAAGGAGAUAUCAAAGCCACGAGGGAGAUUUCUAAUGGAGAUAUAAUAACAUUUUUUUUAAAUAUAUUAGAUUUAAUUUUCUAAACCUAAUUUCAGUUUAUUUACACAAAUAAAAGUAUUGAAAAAUGAAUUUCCAUGUAAAAAUAAAUAAAUAAAAAAAUAA